UAUAGCUGGGACCUCUCGAGCCGCUGCCAUGGUGUCCCUCAACGACCUGGACCAACAGAUUGGCGCCCUGGAGAGUGCUGAGGAGGAGGAGGCUGAGGAGGAUGAAGUGGUGGAAGAGAAGCGAAGCAAGGGCUCUCGAGAGCCCAAAUCGAAGCUGGAAGCUGAAGAGACAAAGCGGAAGAAGGGCCGAGCUGCGCGGAACGCGGUGUGCUUUCGAUAUCUGGAGGGCACCUGCAAGUUCGACGACUGCAAGUUCGGGCACGUGAACCCGCAGAAGCUCACCUCGGAGGAGCGGGCGCAGGUCUUGCAGGAGCUGCCGCUGCGGAAGUACAGCAAGAAGCUGUCCGAGGCGAUCCGAGCUUUGAACAUCCCCCGCUGUAAGGACUUCCAUCAGCGCGGGGGAUGCAAGCGGCCAACGGGUAAGUGCCACUUCUGGCAUCUCACGGACGCGACGGUGGCCAAGUGGGCGGGCUUCGACUUUUGGUGCGCGGUUUGCAGUAAGGGCUUCACCUCCGAAGAUCAGAUGCUGGAGCACAAGGCCUCCAAGGUCCAUCAGAGCAACAAGCGCGGGCGCGGCGAGUUCGAGCCAUCCGCUUCUUUCCGUGGCUCGCGCGGGAGCGGCCGCGCGCAGUCCCGCGGCCGUGGCCGGGGUGGAAGCGGGCGUGGGCGUGGCUGUGAGGAGGACGAGGAAGAAGCGGUGCCCUUGCGAGGACGCGGCAGGGGCCGGACCUGAGACGAACUUCAACGGCUAGGACAUUUUGGCGGAGCAGAUGCGUUUGGCUUCAAGGAGCUUGCAGAAGGUGGGCACGCCCAAGCGACGGCUAGUGACGGCCAAGUGACCAGAGUUGGAGUCUUCACACGGCUCAUGCCGUGUCCAACUGGAUCCGUUUGAAGCAGCCAGCCCCUUGGAAGCAGUCGUUGCAGUGAGCUCUGCCCAGGGAG